GGCGCGAGGGGUCCUGGCGGUGCGCGGGGCGGCUGCGGGUUGCCGGGGGGACGCGGCGCGGCGGCGGCGGGUCCGUGAUGAGCGGCAAGGAAGGAUCAGGUGGGUUCAGAAAACGAAAGCAUGAUAAUUUUCCACAUGGUCAAAGAAGAGAAGAAAAAGAGAAUGUUAAUCCACCUUCAGCUUUGAUGAAAUCUUUUAAAUCAUUCCAGCUGGAGCUUGACACCAGGCACGAUAAAUACGAGCGGCUCGUGAAGCUCAGUCGGGAUAUAACGAUCGAAAGCAAAAGGACGAUAUUUCUGCUCCACAGGUUCACCAGUGCUCCCAAUGGGGAAGAAAUACUAAGUGAAUCUGAAGUCAAGCUAGAUGCUGUCCGACAGAAGAUCAAGCAGGUUGCACAAGAACUGAUUGGAGAAGACAUGUAUCAGUUCCACAGAGCUAUAUCUCCAGGGCUUCAAGAAUAUGUUGAGGCAGUUUCAUUUCAGUAUUUUAUCAAAACACGAUCUUUGAUCAGUGUUGAAGAGAUCAACAAACAACUAAUAUUUACAGCAGAAGACAGAGAAGAAACAACAAACAUGACCUCCAAUUGCCACGAUAAAGAGCCCCGUAGGUGGAGCCUGAAGGUGACCCCUGUGGAUUACCUGCUGGGAGUGGCGGAUCUGACGGGAGAGCUGAUGCGGCUGUGCAUCAGCAGCGUUGGCAACGGGGACAUCGACACGCCCUUCGAACUGAGCCAGUUCUUGCGCCAGAUUUACGAUGGCUUCACCUUCAUCGGCAACACCGGGCCUUACGAAGUCUCCAAGAAGCUCUACACCUUGAAACAGAGUCUGGCAAAGGUAGAGAAUGCCUGCUACACGUUAAAAGUACGGGGAUCCGAAAUCCCGAAGCACAUGCUGGCUGAUGUCUUCUCCACCAAAACGGAAUUGAUUGACCAAGAGGAGGGGCUUCCUUAAAACCAGGAAGCUUUUGCUACUCAGAAGAGAAGAGGACAUAGAGAAAGCUCUCUAAUUGUGGUUUGUGGGGUUUUGACCCUUCUCAAAGCUUUUUAGGUAGAGACAUUUUUAGUUUUAUCGAUGAGAAGGCUGUUUGCAGUGGUAAUUUGUAACCAAAAAUACUUUUUAUGGUGUGCAAGAGAAGAAAUGUUUGACUUUGGCCUCUUGGUAUGGAAUUUCCUGUAUUGCUCCAUUGUAUCUUCUUUUAGAAUGACCAAAAUUUCCACUGCACUCUACUCCAGUGACUGUCAUUUGUGUCACUCACCUCAGAAUAAGUUUUCAUCAAGCACAGCAGUGGAAAAAAAAUGGUUAGGUGCUCUUAUUUAGCAUUAUCCAUAGGUUUCUGCUGACUCAUUUUUUGAGUAUUUGGGUUCUGUAGUCAUGUCACACCUACAACAAUGCACCUGAGAAUAAGUGCAGCCCUUGACUUGAGACUGGGGUGGUCUCAACAGUGCCAUGUAAUUCGAGUUUUCUCUGAUUAGUGCUUUAAACUAUGAAACUAAGUCAACUUUUUGCCAAUUGAUAAUGAAGCUAAUUGCACCAGGUAAAUACUACUGUCACCUGUUAUUUGGGUCUCUGUUAAAAGUUGGCUCCAUUUGAGCUAACACUAGUACUGCACAGUUUUGAGAUGAGCUAGGAGAUCCACAGAAAAUAAUUGUGGAAAGUAUUGUUCUACAUUUUUUGUAAUACAGUUUAAUGCAGAUUCUGACAUAUUUUUGUUUGUAGACAAAAUAAGUUGUCAUGCAAAGUAUGUAAUUUGGUCUUAGGACUAGCAGUUUUUGGCCAGAACAAAUAUGUUGCAGUGCUGGAAGUCUGUUCUCCAUUGUUUGUGCUGCCCUGAGGACCUCCAGUGGGAUUAAACUGGUAUAAGUGGAAAAGGGCUAGCCAAGCUUUAAAUAUAUGUUAGCAGGAUCUGUAUCAUGUGCAUGUUCCUGUGGAAAGGAAAUUGCAAACAGAAGUAAGGCAGGCAUUCUGGUUUCCACAUUUAUCUUUGCGGGGGGGUAUGUCACUGUUGGCAAAAAAUCAGGGCUUUAUGCUGAUGUCUGAAGUUAUGAGAGUCUGAUAAUGUACAUAAUGCUAAAGGAAAACAGAUAAAACAACAUGAUCUCUAGACUCCAGGAAAUAGGCCUCCCAACUGCAAUUGAAAAUACUGCAUGUUUUUUAUUUCCACUUCCAUAUGCUGUGAUGCUGCCAAUACUUUUCCCAUGAGCAUGUCCUGAGUAGCUGCAAUCAUCUGAUAUAUGGAUAGGAAUGGUAAAUACAUUUCUGUCAAAUUUUUCCAUUGUUUCCACAUAAAGUAGUAUGGGGUGGAUUGAACAAGGAGUGGUAUUUUUCCUAUUGUUUAAUACUAUUUUUUACAAUAAAUUCUGAAAAGUAGUCACUGUCUCUAUGUUGAUCCUUUUGCUUGUCAGUCCAAGUGGUAAAUUACAGAGCAAUUU